GAGGAAUGACGGUGUCCCUGGAAUACUAGACAUACUCGGAUUUCCUUGCUAACUAAUUUCAUUUUGUAAAGUCUAACGCGAGAUCAACUCCAUGGCUGAGAGAAGACUUCUCCCCCAGGAUGACGACCAAGGUUCCCUGCUUUUCAAACUUGGGACGGACAGCCCCAAACCCAGGGUGAAGUUCGGAGGCAUGUUCUGUAACAUCGAAGGGGCUUAUGAGAAUAAGACUCUGAAUUUUGAGUCGUACAGCCCCAGCUCUGCCAGGAGGAACCCCAAAGGACGAGUCGGUGAUCAGAAAGACAAUUUCAGCGAUACUUCGAGUGUCGGCAACUUCUGUGUGAGUCAAACGCCUCCGAGCCGAACACAGCCGCCCACCCCGUUAAGUGCCUCACCGGGUCAGACGAUCGUAUACCCCAUAGGACACAACCGUCUUCAAAACGAAAGACGAGAGGGUGAUAAACUCAUCAUUAAAGGAGGAAAAAUAGUAAAUGACGACCAGUCGUUUUAUGCCGAUAUUUACAUUGAAGAUGGGAUUAUUAAGCAGAUUGGAGAGAAUCUCAUUGUACCUGGUGGUGUGAAGACAGUGGAUGCAUACGGGCACAUUGUGAUUCCGGGUGGUAUCGAUGUGAACACAUGUCUCCAGGCCUCUCACAUGGGCAUGAGCCCGGCAGAUGAUUUCUAUCAGGGCACUCGUGCUGCUCUGGCUGGAGGAACCACCAUGAUCAUUGACCAUGUUGUGCCUGAACCGGGAACUACUUUACUGUCAGCGUAUGAACAGUGGAGGGAUAUAGCAGACAUGCGGUCGUGCUGUGAUUAUUCUCUGCACAUUGACAUCACACGCUGGCAUGAUGGUCUGUUUGAGGAGCUGGAGACUCUGGUCAAAGAUAAAGGUGUAAACUCUUUCCUUAUCUUCAUGGCUUACAAGGACCAGUAUCAGAGCUCUGAUUCUCAGAUCUAUGAGAUGUUUAGUGCUAUGAGAGAGCUGGGGGCCAUCGCACAGGUUCAUGCUGAAAACGGUGACAUCGUUAAGGAGGAACAAAAGAAGGUUUUGGACCUGGGGAUCACUGGGCCAGAGGGACACGUGCUGAGCCAUCCAGAGGAGGUGGAAACUGAGGCUGUGUAUCGAGCGAUCACCAUUGCUAAACAGGCCAACUGUCCGCUCUACAUCACCAAGGUGAUGAGCAAAACAGCUGCUGAUGUCAUCGCCAAAGCCAGGAAAAAGGGUAUGGUCAUCUAUGGGGAACCAAUCACGGCCAGCCUCGGCACGGACGGAUCACACUAUUGGAGUAAAAACUGGGCCAAAGCUGCGGCGUUUGUGAUGUCCCCGCCCCUCAAUCCUGAUCCAAGCACUCCAGAUUACCUCAAUUCACUUUUAUCCUGUGGCGAUCUUCAGGUUACGGCCAGCGCACACUGCACCUUCACUACCGCUCAGAAAGCCAUCGGGAAAGACAACUUCACCCUCAUCCCAGAGGGAACCAAUGGCGUUGAGGAGCGCAUGAGCAUCAUCUGGGAAAAAGCUGUGGCGACAGGUAAAAUGGACGAGAAUGACUUUGUCGCGGUAACCAGCACCAACGCUGCGAAAAUCUUCAACGUGUACCCUCGCAAGGGCCGAAUCGCUACGGGAUCGGAUGCUGAUCUUGUUAUCUGGAACACCAAGGAGACUAAAACCAUCUCUGCCAAAUCUCACAACCUGAAUGUGGAGGUGAAUAUCUUUGAGGAAAUGGAGUGCCGUGGCUUCCCUGUUAUAGUCAUCAGUCAGGGCAGGAUCGUUCUAGACGAUGAAAAACUCAAUGUAACAGAGGGUUCAGGGCGUUUCAUCCCCAGGAAAGCCUUUCCAGACUUCGUCUUCAAGAGAAUCAAAGCCCGAGGAAGGAUGGCCGAUGCUCGCGGCGUUCCCAGAGGAAACUAUGAUGGCCCGGUUCAUGAUGUCAUCAGCAUGACUCAAUCUGUGCCAGCCACACCGACCACUAGAGGACCCUCGUGUCCAGGCAAAACUCCACUCGGGCCAGCCAGAAACUUACACCAGUCUGGAUUCACCCUGUCUGGCACUCAAAUGGACGACCACAUUCCCAGGCGCACCUCGCAGAGGAUCGUAGCGCCCCCUGGAGGCCGUUCUAACAUCACAUCCCUCUCUUGAGCCGUGUGUGCACCCAGGGAUCCGAGCCACGUAGCAGAAGUUCCACUUCCCUCACCUCCCGAUUUUAUAACAUCUAUACCAUGCAAAUAUUUAUUCCAAUAAAUCCAUAAACGCUCCAUGACCUCCAGUAGGCUAUGCAGCUUGUCAUGAAUUCAUAAUCUUUCUGUGUAUCCGCCUCUGUUGUUAUCUGAUCAGACUCACUCAUAAUGUAGCAUGCUCCUUUGAUCAGAUCAGACUUAGUUCUGCUUUAGCGUAGCAUCGAUGGCAUAAAGACGGCUAGUGAUUGUUGUGUUUGUGAACUGACUGCAUCUCAUUCACUGCCUUUAAACCUGCGCUUUUCUCCUCCAGCAGCAUCAGAAUAGAUUUAAGUGAAAUUUGUGAUUUCUGCGCCACUAGCAGCACCAGAUGAGAUCGGGCCAGUAUGGAAGCAACAUUGAGAGAUGUACUGUACUUCAUUUAAACUCUCGGUUGUUUGUUGCCAUUGGUGAUGCAGGAAUGACCUGUGUGGCCCUUAGGUGCCGUAAUCUUUUAGUGUGCUUUAAAGGAACAUCACUGAUAGUCUUAGUGCUAGAGUGUUAAAAAGAAAGUUACCAAUAACCUUGUCCAUGAUGUAUCCCUGAGAAUAGAGCAAAAUAUGUAUUGUAGACUAAUGCUUAUAACCACAUCUAUGAUUUACAGAUUUUUGCAGAGAAAAGUGUCUUUGUGCAAACGCUCAUCACACAGAUACGGCGAACAGCAAUACAUUUUUGUAAGUUUCUACAACAAAACAAUUGGUGCUCUCGAUCUUUGAACACAUGCCGGUGUGUUCAAGUGCAGACGUCACUUUUUGAACCCAGACAAAACUUUUGAAUUGUUUUGAGGUGAAACCUUGUUUAUAUUUCUGUAAUGCAAUACAUUACAGAGAGCCUUUUGUAGUCCUUACCAGUUUGCUGGAAAAAUACGUAGUAGAUGUCAUUUUCGUGAGAUAUCUCGAGGCCUUUCGUUGGCGGUCAGAUGAGAGAAAAAUGAUCUGUGGUUUGUCUUUUGUACUGGUUUAUUUUGUGUAAAUAUUUUUUGGUUUGUUUUUCAUAUUUUGUGCAUGAUGUGCAUGUCCUCAAUAAAAAACAAAAUGUUGCUUUCA